GUAUGCAGCUGCUGCCAACAGAAGACUUGAAUAUGACAGUAGAUCCUCGCUUACGGCCUUUUCCUCCAGAUCCCUCCAGCGAACAAUCCAUGCAAAUUUACCAGCAGCAUGAAGAAUUAAUGGGAAAAUACCUGCAAAUACAGAUGCAAAUCGCUCAGCAAACUGAUUUUUUGAAGCAGCUAGAAGGAAAUUUAAAAGAAACUGAACCAACAAAUGACCAAGAGAUGGAAGUAGAGCUCCAAAAAUUAGAGCGAGAAAAAGAAAGUUUGAUCAAGCUGAUAGCAAAUCUAAAGCAACAGCUUGACAUGAUCCGAAAAGCGCGUAAAGGAGAUGCUGAUACCUGGGUGUAUGUAGAAAGAGCGCAAUCCUCCAACCCACCAAAAAAUUCUUGAGCCUAGAAAAACAAGUACAUUCUUUUACAUUAUCGGAAUGCUCUUUUCUCCUCCUCAAGUGAGGAUUUUUAUCAGUAUUUCAGUUACACUGAAGAUCCUCACUUCAAUUGAUCUGUGAUUUGAAUCGGGAAAUAUUUUAAUGUUGGUGAAUUGGAUUUUGGUCGUGAUCGUGGUUUCUUGGAUUGGGAUGAAAUAUCUUGGACGUUGGAACUCAUCAGGGAACAAAAAAUUACUGGAAAAAACGAAGUUGGUGUUAAAAUAAGAGUUUUUUUCUGUUCCUCUCUAAGACCAGUUUGUCUUGAAAUUCAGAAGUCUUCGUUGAUUUUAUGCUGAAAAAUUAUUUCAGAGAUAAAAAUAUCAUAAUUUCCUUACGGAAUCUGAACGGAAGUUAAAAUUUUCCCAAGGAAAUGCGGGGAGAAAGGACAAAAAGGGUCCUUAUCAGGGAUGUUGGGUCUUAAAAUCAAGUGAAAUCAGGGAAUGAGAAAAUCGAAGAAUUCAAGACGCCAUGGUCAAGAUUUUUAUAUAAAAUUUCGAUAUAAGCUGUGAAAAUCUGUAAUAAAAGAAUGCUAUCAGGUAUUAUAAGAAAUAUAGAUCUAGAUCUCUGAAUGAUCACUUAAUAAUCUUAAUAUGUAGAGUAUAUAAAAAGUACUUAAGUAUACUUAGUACUGGUUCCAUAAUCUCGGUGGAAAUCGAGGUUGGACAGCUUCCUCGUGCUGAAAUUCCUUGGACGUAAACCCAGUCGAAGUACUCUAUGAUUGCUACGAGUUCAUCUGGCAGCUCUGACUCAAGUAAGUCGAGGGCUUCCUGCAAAUCAUCAGUCGGAACAAUCGCUAACCUAAGGAUACUGUGGACGUCAACCCUUUUCCUAUUCCAGAUUCGUUUACAAAAUGUGCAUCCAAUAUGCAUUUCAAAGUAAAAUUUGAAGUUUCAAAUGCAUUAAACAAAACGGGUAAAAUUGGAGCCUUUCGAUCUGGGAUGAUAAAGUAAUAAUUUUUAGCUAUUUCUUCUUCAAUUAAGUGUAUAACAGAGAGAAUAUCUGUGCACUUCAAGCUUUUAACUUUCUUGGGCAUAAACAUUUCUGAGGAACUGUCUGAGUCACUAGUCUCUGUUCCGGCAUCAACAUCAAUAACUUCUGGAUGUUGAUUAUCGGCAACUCCGGGGUCAUCAAAAUCAUCCUCCUCGUCAAUUAUGUUUUUCUCUGGUCUAAUAUAAAUACGACUAUCUUUCCUGGUAUGCAAUGAUAAAAACUCACUGUCAAUAUCAUCUUGCGAUGCAACAAAAAAUUGGAUCAAUUGUUUGCCUCUACAUAACAUUAAGUUAAAAGAAUCUUCAAUUUUCAACUUUGUGCUGAAGGUUAAAAAAAUUAAUCUUCAAUUUUCAACUUUGUGCUGAAGGUUAAAAAAAUUGUACUUGAAACUUGUGCAGCAGUCAUACUCUUUUUUCUAUCUUGAAAUUUUAGUACAUUUGUACCUCUUACAGGGCCAGGGCCGUAACUAGAAUUGCAAGGGGGAGACCGUUUGAAAGGGCAAUUUUUGACUUGGAUGUAAAAAGCUAGUUGCCAGGGGAAGCAAAGAAUGCAACUCUACAUCUUGGACCUUUCUGUAAACUAAACAAACAUGGUUGGACAAGUAGCAUCUAUUAUGUUAAUGGUAAAAUUUAAAAUUAAAGUACAUAAUAAGUUUAAAGAACCACAAUGCUAUUCAUUAUGUAUAAUCUCAAAUGAUUACUUACCUAGCCGAAGCUUCUCAAGACACCAGGUCCCAUCAUCAGGGCUUACAUAAACAACACAUGUAAACUACAAAGCAACUACAAAACAACUAAAAUAAGCAAAUAAAAUAAGAAACUACAUGAUAAAAGCAAUUACAUUACGAGAUCAGAAACUAUUAAAUGUAUCAAAAUAAAUAAAAUAAAAUAAAGUAAUUCAUAUUAGAAAGUUAAGAUCAUUGAUAAGAGAAUGACUCAAGUAAACAAGUGGCAAAGCAUAAAACAGAGAGGAAGCCACAUAUGUACAAAUGAUAGUGAAAGCAAAUGCAUAUAGGCGAAAUGUCCCUGGUGAGAAAUGUUGUAAAUGAAAGUGUCUCUAGGCUAAAAAUACGCAGGUCAAAAGUCUUAGGUGAAAUGUCCAAGGUGACAUAUCUCGUAGGAGACUAUUUCUUAGGUGAAGAGUCCCGGAAUCAUGAAAACAUUCAACUUUCGAAAAUUGCAAAAACAAUUUUUUCUAAAAGAUUUGCUUUAAUUAUUCUCGACAUCAUGUAGAUCAUAAACGCAACUGAAUAUGUACAAAAUCCGUUUAAAAAUUAUGUGUUCCUUUUGAUUAUGUGAGCAAAUUCAGAUGAAAAAACCUGACUUCAGGAAAGCAACUUGAAAUAAAAAGGGGGGGGGUAUAUGUGUUUUAAGUUCUUUAUAGAUUAAGCCAAGAUGAAACAGUGUAAAAAUUUUAAAAAUUUUAAGCAUGCUCAGGUAUUAAGAAAUUCUGCUUUUUUGCAGGAAUAUUCAUAAGUUAAAAACUAUUAAAGAUGUUUUGCAAAGUUGAACAAUUUCACUUGUGACCUCUUGUGUGUGUAGCUGUUUAAAGCAUGUACAGCAAAUCAUUAUUUACGAUUCCCCUAAGGAGAAGGAGACUUGCAUGAGUUGCUAAAUUCUUCAGCAUAGCGACAAAACACAGCUUUGGCCAAAAUUAUGGAUUUCCAGUUUUUGAUGCAAAUCAAUUUCUACGUUUCUCAAGGAUAUGUAGUUAAAAUUUCAAGUCAUAAUUUGUAUUUUUAACGACGUUAUAUGUGUUAAAAAUGAAUGGGAUCAUAACCAACAACAGCGCAAGGCCCUCAUUUCAACUCAUUGUCAGCCGAGUGUCUGUAAGAUACCCACUUGAUUGUAGGGUCAUACUUAUAGGAUAUAUCGAUUAUGAGAGUAUUUUAGAGUUCUUAGUACCAUAUACAGGUCGAGCAGGAGUUCUUUUUUAAUGAUAAAGAAGUUGAAUUUGCUGGGUAAACUGCAUGUUUCUGUAAAUUAUGAUUUGUGUUGUCAAACUAUAAAGUUUUCCAGAAAAGUCAAAUUUUUGCAGUUUUUAGAGCUUUUCGUAGCAAAUUAUUCAGAAGCAACCCUUCUUCGUGAAAAUAUUGCUCAUCUCAAUUUUUAUGGUUUUCACCUUUAGUCCUUUUUCCUUCAGAUUUAUCAUGAGUAUUUUGGGUCUUUGAGUUUGCACAUAAAGAGGUAUCUUCAGGAAGAAAUGGAGGUUAGGUUUCCGAAGAACAUAAGAGUCUUGCUGUUCCUGGUGGCUAUGCAUUUUUUAGCACCAUUUUCUACUUGUACCUUUUUAGUUUUUUUUUGUGAAUGUCAAAUGUAUGAUUUGCCUCUCACAUAUUAAUCUAUAUUACAUUUUUUGUGAGUGUAAGGCUUUGUUUUUAGCCUGGACGUAAACAUUCCAGUUCCCUCGCAUCAAGUUGUAUGAUCUAUGUGCUGUUUUGACAUAAAAUGAUGCCAUAUUUUUGAUCCCCAACUUUAGCUCCCAAGCUCCCAAGCUUUUGUAUGCAGAGGCGGACAGGCAGGCGGGAACAUAGGGAAAAAUCCUGGUCGGCCUAUCAAAAUUUAAGGUGAUUUAGCACUGGUUUUCAUCCCUUAUACGGCAAGAAAACAACUAAAAUGGGCCGAUUUUAGCUCUGAUGGAACCGGUAUUCCGAGCCACUUUUUCCGUGCCAGUCUGCCUCUGUUUGUACGGCAUAUCAUAUUCUGUUCUUCACCAUAGUAGAAAUUGUAGCCGUUGGAAGGAAUUAAGUGCUGAACCACAAGAUUAUCUUGCAGCUGUUAAUGCAAUUUUCAGAAAUCGCAGCUUAAAUUUAAUUUUUGAGAUAAGAAGUGCUUCAUUUUUUUAAAAAUUGGAUUGCUCCUUUGAAGAACCUAUCUUGCAGUUUACAACAGCACUUACAUUCAAUUAGAAAAAUGCAGCUUUCAUAACUGCUGAAAGUUUUUCAACACAGGAAUCUUAGUAUAAAUCAUAUAGAUCUGCACCCAAGAGCGCUUGCAGACCUCAUAAGAUGUAACUAAGGCUCUUUAGCUUUACGAUCAAGGUAUCAACACAUUAUCUUUACAAGGUGAAGAAAGCAACCAAGGCAUUAAAAUUUCGCUAUUCCAGUGGCUCAGUAGCUACUUCAAGCGCGUACAGCUUACUUCUCAAUGGCCACUAAAGUAGGUAUGAAUUAAAGCACCAGAUUAUGUUUUCUCUUUAAAAUUCAAGGUAAAAGCAAUUAAUACCACAGAAAUUUCGAAAAUGAACUCCCAAGCAAGAUAUCAACUUGUUUACUUAACACUGUGCUAAUCUUAUUUUUUGUAAAAUUUUGAAGAGACUACAUGUAAAGGAGGGUUUUGAGUUUGUACCCUGUCAGCCUCAUUGAGUACUGUCUUUGAAUACAUAACCACUCAAAUACUCUCUGCAAUGCUGCUAAGAUUGUGUGAACUACUUCAUUGUUCUUGGAAAAACAUUAUUCAAAAAAGCUAAUCAAUUAUGAAACGGAUGUGUCUUUAACUGUGAUUAACAAGAAUUCAGAGUGGCUUUUGUCAAAAGAAUUUUAUGGUCAGAUUUGUUUAACUUACAAUCAACUUGAGUGCUUCGGAAGUGCCCCAAAUCGUUACUGCAUGUGACACCAUUUCUUUUAGCUACCCUGUAGUAUUUCAGUUACUAUUUGUUAAUCAUAUUUUUGUUAAUUUUUAAGUUUUAUCUGAAAUUUUUAUUAAAAGACUUGAAUUUUUUCCUAAA